ACAGGGCCAGACAGUGGUUGCAUGGAUAACUUUUUAUAGACUAUUUCUACCACUUUCCCAGCUUUCUAAUUGCCCAGAAUGGGAUUAACGGAUACUUAUUACAAAUGGGGGCAUUAACAUUGAUAGGAUACAAUGUAGUUAGGAGUGCCUUCUUUGCGAUAGCAGUGACUACGCGGCUGCGUCCGUCCCGUUCCGAACUGGACACCGUCUCUGCUGGUCCGUCAUGGCGUAUUGCCUAGAUUUCUCAUUCCAACUUCGCGUCUUGAAACUUUUCUGUGAUGUACUGCAAGAAUGAAGAUUCUGAUCCUGCUCUGCUUGAGUUUACAGCUUUUGCCACGGGCUAAUUCCCAAGAAGAACCACCUCGAAUAAUAAGGCCACCAGUAGACUCGACCGUUUUGGUCUACGGACGGAAAACACUUUAUUGUGAAGCAACCGGGAACCCACGACCGACCAUCACUUGGUACAAGUUUGACUGGAAGCUUCAGGAGAGUGACAGGAACUACAGAAUCAGCAAAGCAGGAGCAUUGAGGUUUCGAAAAGCGUAUAUAACAGACACCGGGAAAUACAAGUGUAUUGCAAAAAACUCGAGGGGAGAAGUACAUUCACAGUAUAUCAGUUUUAAUGUAAAAGCACCAGCAGUGAUUGUGAGAGGACCGACCGACCGCACGGUGUUCUAUGGCACCACGCUGGUCCUUGCUUGUGUAGCUAUGGGAAUACCAAUGCCUGAGAUACUGUGGCUCAAAAAUGGAACUGUGAUAAAGGAUGGAGCGAGUGGCUAUAACUUUUCAUCGCCACGACUUGUGAUUAACGCAACGGAAACUGCACGAUAUUCGUGUGAAAUUCGGAAUAGAAUACUUAAUAAAGUUCAUUUGGAUCGAAAGGAAUCUACAGUUACUGUACUUGGAGCGCCAAAAGAGCAUGGUAAAGAUAUUUUGGCCGAUGAAGCUGUGUUGGCAGUGACAGAAUGGUCAUCGCCGUCCACCAUAAUGGAACUCGAUGGCACAAAAGUAGAUACGCCCCCUACAAAGGAGCUACCAAAAGACGAGGGCAAGCCAAAGCCGACAGAAGGCCCUGUACCUCCAGUGAAACCACCACAACCUUCUGAGAAACCUGCUACUCAAAAACCAGAUAGUAAAAAACCUGUUGGUUUCUGCGCUCCUUACAACGGGUCAAUGUGCCAACAAUACAUUGGUAAUCGAUCAGUAUUUUUCAACUCGUCCUACGAUAACCCCGAACAAGUACACGAGAGUAUUGUUAAAGGUUUAUGGGAAGAGAUGCUCUCCACUUUCGACAUGGCAUGCCGUGGACCUGCCGAGAAGAUGCUGUGUCAUUAUGCCUUUCCUGACUGUGAUAUAACUCGAGGUAACCCUGUACCGGCGCCUAUAUGCAGGGAACACUGCUAUGCCGUCAAAGAUCUGUAUUGUCUCUCAGAGUGGCUCCUCCUAGCGGACAACAUCAACAAUGGGAUCUACAUCAGCUCCAGUGGACAUUUCAGUCUUCCUGUUUGCGCGACGCUACCCAGUCGCCAUAAUUCUUCUGAGAACUGUACGAAUGUAAAAGUGUAUGAAAACCGGCCAGAUCUUAAGACAAGUACUUGCUAUAAAGGCACUGGGCAGUACUACAUUGGAACUGUCAACGUUACAAAGGAUGGCAUUGCAUGUCAAACAUGGGAGGCAGGUACUCCACAUCUUCAUCGACGACCUCCAGAGAUCUUCCCAGAGCUCGAGAACUCAUAUAACUAUUGCCGUAACCCGGGGUCUGAACACGAGGCCCCCUGGUGUUACACAAUGGAUAUCAAUAUUAGAUGGCAGUCAUGUGAUAUCCCCAAGUGUGAUGCGAACAUCACAACUGGGGAAGUAAGUGAAGACCCUGUGCUAGCAAAGGGCAAUGGACUAUCAAUUGACUUAGUCUCACUGGUCAUAAUAACUCUGGUCUCGGUCCUGACAAUUGGAAUUGUCAUCUUGAUCACAGUGCUGUGCCACCGUCUCUAUCUACAAGAUCGACGUCUUCAAUACAACGUCACUAAUCAAGACGACAUGGAUAUAGACUUAUCGCGGCUGCCAAGCAAUGCCAUUUAUGAGUUAGCGGCACCCAUGUCAUUCUUGAAUCCCAAAUUAGAGGCACUGGAAUACUCUAGGAAUGAUAUUGUUUAUAUCCGUGAUAUAGGGCAGGGUGCAUUUGGUCGAGUUUUUCAAGCGAGUUGUUGUGGUUUACUUAAAGGUGAGGAUGUGACGCUUGCUGCGGUAAAAAUGUUAAAAGAGGACGCAACAGAGGAUUUGCAUUUGGAUUUUGAGCGGGAGGCUUCUUUAAUGGCGGAUUUCUAUCAUCCGAAUAUUGUGAAGUUAUUAGGUGUGUGUGCAAUAGGAAAACCUCUCUGCUUAUUGUUUGAAUUCAUGAGUCGCGGAGACUUACAUGGUUUCCUAAAAUUGUGUAGUCCAGAUAAUAAUAAUACAUCGCCCGACAGUGGGACAGAUUUGAUACCAUCAAACCAUAUUUUAACAAAGUUAGAAUAUUUAGACCAGUUGAAUAUUUCGUUACAAGUUGCUGCCGGUAUGGAGUAUUUGGCUGGGAAGAAAUAUGUACAUAGAGAUUUAGCUACACGAAACUGCCUAGUCGGCGAAAAUCUGAUUGUCAAAAUUUCUGAUUUCGGACUUGCGAGAUCGAUAGAGAACGGUGAUUAUUAUAUUGGGGAUGAGCAUGAUGCCAUCCCCAUCCGAUGGACUCCAAUUGAAGCUGUGCUUUAUAAUAAAUUCACUGUGGAAUCGGACGUGUGGUCUUUCGGAGUCGUGUUAUGGGAGAUAUUUUCAUACGCACAGCAGCCGUACUCUGAAAUGUCACACGAAGAAGUGAUAAAAUUUGUUAAAGAUGGUAGUACGAUGUCACCACCACCGGACACCUCACAAGAAAUUUGUGAAGUGAUGCAACAUUGUUGGCACAGGAAAGCUAGUUCACGGCCAUCAUUCCAGACACUGCAUCGAUCUCUCAAAGCACUUGUGGAAGAGUACUCAAAUAAAACGAACAAAGUGUAUGAGAACCACAACCAUAGACAGUAGUACAUGUCAUUUUAUGCCAACUUUGCCAGAAUUUUCUCUGUGUUCUUAUAGAAUAUUGUACAUCUUUGCAGUUAUUAUGGCAAACUUGUUACAAAAUGUACAUUAGAAGCAUGAAAGUGGAUAGUUACUUUUUUGAAGAGAAUGUAUUUGAUAGAAUCUUAAACCUUUAUACAAAAUCAGUCUCACCACUACUGUGCCUACUAAAUAUUGUCAUGUUUAUUGUUUGAGAUUUAUCAUCAGCAUUAUGCGGUCAGACAUAAGUACACUGAUUUCAGAUUGCAUCUCUGGAAGUUUUUACACAAAGUGUCUCAUAUGGUGUUUACAGAGAAAUGGUUCACUUUCAUUUGUGCGUUGGGGGUAAGGGGUCUUUUCAAAAGAGGAUCCGAAUGCACAUCACAAACAUUAUUGCUGGAGUGAUGGGCUUUGGCCUUAUUCGGGAAAGUUUAUUUGACCUGUCAGCCCCAAGGAUUUAAAACCAAAUGCUCAUAAGUUAGAAUCUGUGUAUUACCUUUAUUUGUACAGGUUUUAAAUUUCCCAUGAAAUUUGUUUACAACUCCAUAUUGGUUCUGUAUUCUGGAAGUAACGUUCAAAGUUAACUGUUUCUCUCAAAUUCAGAUAUUCACAAAUUUGUUCUGUGAGCAUAUUUUGAACAUAAUGAGAGAUUGAUCGAUCGUUGUAUAGUUUAGAAUUGCUGAAUUGUUGGCUAUGUUCAUGAAAGCAGUUUGAGACUCAACAAGAGGUUACUCAAUGAAAAGACAGGUUAAGGUCUUGAAUCUCGCUUUUCAGCAGGUAACAGUUUAGGAAAAUCGGUUUCACUGUUACGGCUAAAUAUUUUUAACUUUUAAACGUAAGUGCUAAAGAUGAGGGUUAUCUCUUGUCAUAAUAUGUGAAGAAAAAGUUGUAAAUAUUAUAGUGUCUAGGUAACUUAUUGGCUAGAGAUGUGUGUAGUUUGGUUGUGAAGUGUCAAAAUGCACAAUUAUGGCAGUUCCAGGUUUAGUCGUUGCCUUAUCUCACUGUCGGAGAGGGAAAAUUCUCAAAGAGGUUGAUUCCACAAAACUAGAGUUUUUAUUGCAGGAUGUUUUACAUGUCAGUUUGAGGAGUUGAAUCUCACUUUAGAUGCCGGAGUUUGUUCCUUCGAGGACAACCUCAAUCAAAGGGGAAAUGUUAUUGGGCGAUAUGAAUAAAGACAAGUACAUGUAAAUGCUUUUACUACAAUUUUGUACAGAGAGGCCUUGUGUAAAUGUACAUGGAGUUUUAGAUAAAAGCAUUUGUUGGUCUUUAUUCAUAUCACCCAUUGCCUCCAUUUUGAAUUGAAAUUACUCCGAACUCAGAUGAGGAUGCUGCAGUGUUCUCUUUAAAGUCUGCCUGCAGUCUAACUCAAGUAUUCAGAUGUCAAUUUCAUGUAGUGUGCCAAAUUAAAUAUUGUCCUGCAUAUAGAGAGGGAAAGGGGUAACUUUAUUGUGCAUGUUUCAGCUAAAACCAUAAUUGUUUAAUGAAUCUCGCCCAUUUUUAUCUUGUUAUUCGGUAUGAAUACUAUUUAUUAAUUGUCCGCUUAAGGAGCCAAGUCUACAUGUAGUAUAUUUAAAGGAGGAGUUGAUUCUCUUGCAUUCUACUAAUAUUGAAGUAAAACUUGAGAUUGUAAUGUUUACUCAUUUUCCAGGUCUCCCCACCAUUUUAUAUACUUGUGUGCUCAAGUAUGGGGCAGGCCUGUUUGCAUACAAAACUAGCUGUUUCCGACUUUGUUAACAGUUGAUCUGAGGCUGGUUUUAUGUGACACCAUUAAUGUAUAUAGCAGUUUGAAUUAAUAAGAUUUUUUUUUGAGUUCAGGCCUGAUUCCACUUUCGCAUGCUUACGCUACUGUCACCGCCCUGGAAACCAGCGGGUUUUUGGUAUUUCAAAUGAGCCACUGGCAAGGUUGGUGGGACACAGAACAUCACAAGACAGCCACUGCAUCAGCAAAUAACUGCUGUGUCCAAGCGUAGUGUUGCUGCAAACGCGGAACCAGGCCUUUAAUCUGCAUUUUAUUGUCAAAAUAAAAUGUAGACACAAUAUUUUCUCACCUUAUUCAUUGUCAAGUUUUAGUUGUAGACAAGGUUUGGUUUUGAACCACGGCACGUUUUGGACCGAGAUUAUUUCUUGGAAACUUUCCCACAAUGCAUCUCUAUCGUUGAGAGUUUUUAUCUGAGAAUUUGCUGUUCUGAUAACUGCAAUAGCAUGAAAACUUAAAACAGUUUAGCAUGGAAAGUGGUAAUUUCUGUCUGUAAAAAGGCAAAGUAUUCCACGAUGAUACCCUGAGACCAUCUGUGGGUCAUGUUGAAACCAACACCCCCAAUUUCUCUUACCUUGAGUGAGUGUCAUUUCUUUGUGCUUGUGCUAUAGAUGAAUAUGUAUGUUUGAUACUGGGACAUAUUCUUCCUACAGAAUAUAUUUAUUAGAUUCUUUAUUAAUAGCUUAUGGAGUGAAUGCGAAUGAUGGAUGCAAAUAACGAGUAAAUCAUCGAACCAAAAUGCUAUUGGUAUACAUGUAUUUUUAAGAAGUAUCCUUUUCUUUGGAAGGAGAAGUAGAUUUUCAUUUCAACAGUUUGAUAAUUCCACAUGUUGAUAUAGUUCUUGUGUUAGAAUUUUUGAUAAAAUGUCCCAAUUGCAUUGUGCUAAUCACUUUGAGCAGAGACAACUAUGUCUUCUAUCAUUAUGUCUUCAAAUGAAGUUUAUUGAAAGUUUUAGCAGAGACUUAUGAGAUCUGUAGAUAUUGGGUUGUCAUUCAAGGUCUUUGAAUAAGUAGGCCUAAACUGCUAAUUUGAUGCGGGCACUUAAUUUGAUCAUGUUCACAAAUACUUGCAUAAUUGAAAUAUUUGUCUUUGAUGCAAAGCCUUAUUUCUAGAACAGAAUCUCUUUCAUUGCUGUAAUGUCAAAAAUGACCGUAAUGUUGAAUUCAUAUGAAAUGUUUUCCUAAACUUUUUGUAAAAUUGGGCCUUUAACGCAGAAGAUGUGGGCUGGGCUUUCUGGAUGGGCCACAAAUGUUUAUGAUUAAAGAAAUUUGACUUCAGCUUGAGAUUAUGAUCUUCUUUUGUAAAAAUAAACCUGUUGUGCUAAUCUCUAUCACUGGUGAGUAGUUUUAUAGGAUCUAGCCAAUAUUUUGUAAAUCUCCAGUGUUUAGAUUGAUGACCUACAGGUUCACAGGUUUGCCAAAUGGAUGCGAAUGUGUAUGCAUUUAUUGAUACAAUAAAACGCAUUUGUUUAUAUUAA